AUGGCGUCAGGGCAGGGUGGCCGACUGGAGGCCGGGGCAUCAGGGAGCUCCGGCCUGGCCAAACCUCUCUACCUGCAGCGCUUGGAAAGAUCCCUGAGGUUGGACAGUUUCCUGCGCCAGACUGCUGCCAUCUUCAACGGAGAUAUAACCAGUGAUGACAGCGAUGACAGCGAUGGCGCGCUGGGGACAGGGCUAUCCCUGGACCCCUCACUCACUCAGCACUCAGCUUUGACGGUGAAGAGUGAGCCGUGUGAGCAAGGGGACGGGCUGUCAGAGGGGAAGCCUCUCAACGGAGUUCUGCUGCAGGGUAAAGAUCAGAAGGCAGAUAAAGCUAGCCUCUACAAUUUCUCCAAGCUGAAGAAGAACAGGAAAUGGCUCAAGAGUAUCCUGUUGAGUGACGACACCACAGACUCGGACACGGACUCAGAUGACUCCGACUUCAGUUUGUCUCGGGAGGAGCUGCAUGACAUGCUGAGGCUACAUCGCUACACCAGGCAGCAUCAGAGCAAGUUCCACUCCGACCGGGAGCUUCACCAAUAUCAGUAUUACAGCACUGGACUCCUCUCUACCCAUGACCCCUUCUAUGAGCAACAGCGCCACCUACUGGGCCCGAAGAAGAAGAAAAUCAAAGAUGAGAAGAAAUUCAAGGCCAAACUGAAGAAGGUGAAGAAAAAGAAGAAACGAGGAGAUGGAGAGUUUCUGGACGACGGGCGUCCUUAUAUCACCAAGAUCUUCGCAAAGUUUUCCCACGAUGCUCCGCUGCCCAUGGUGAAGAAGAAACAUCUCACCAUCGAGCAGCUGAACGCACGGCGACGUAAGGUCUGGCUCACCAUCGCUAAAAAGGAGAUUCCCAAGUCGUACAAGCAGAAGACCUCUGCUAAGAACUUAGUAUUGACCAAUGCUAAAAAGUUGGCUCAUCAGUGCAUGAGAGAGGUUCGGCGUGCAGCCAUCCAGGCUCAGAAGAACUGCAAGGAGACGUUACCGCGGGCUCGCCGCCUCACCAAGGAGAUGAUGCUUUACUGGAAGAAAUACGACAAAGUGGAGAAGGAGCACAGGAAGAGGGCGGAGAAGGAGGCCCUGGAGCAGCGGAAACUGGACGAAGAGAUGAGAGAAGCCAAGCGUCAGCAGCGUAAACUGAAUUUCCUAAUCACCCAGACGGAGCUGUAUGCUCAUUUCAUGGGCGGUAAAGCCAACACGGGGGGUCCAGAAGGAGACACUGAUCAGGAGGACAUUCUGAGUAAGCUGGAAGACACUGCGGCGCACAGACAGAUUGACAUCGGAGGAGGUGUGAUGGUCAACAUGAAUCAGGAGGACUACGAUAGCGAUUACUACAAGGCCCAGGCGUUGAGAAAUGCCAAAGAAGCCUACCUGAUUCAUCAAGAGAAAACGCGGAUGUUUGACGAGGAGGCUAAGGACAGUCGCUGCGCGUCGCUACACACAGACGUCGGCUCGUCCUCGGGCGCCGGCUCCGGGUUCGGAGAGAGCUACAGCCUCGCCAACCCGUCCAUCCAUGCGGGCGAAGAGAUCCCUCAGCCCACCAUCUUCGACGGGAAACUCAAGGGUUACCAACUGAAGGGCAUGAACUGGCUGGCCAACCUCUAUGAACAGGGAAUCAAUGGAAUCCUGGCAGAUGAGAUGGGACUGGGGAAGACAGUCCAGAGCAUCGCCCUGUUGGCACACUUAGCAGAGAGAGACAACAUCUGGGGUCCGUUCCUGAUCAUCUCUCCUGCAUCCACUCUCAACAACUGGCAUCAGGAGUUCACCCGCUUUGUGCCCAAAUUCAAGGUGUUGCCAUACUGGGGAAAUCCUCACGAUCGCAAGGUGAUUCGGAAAUUUUGGAGCCAGAAAACCCUUUACACGCAAAACGCACCGUUCCAUGUGGUGAUCACGAGCUACCAGCUGGUGGUCCAGGACGUCAAGUACUUUCAGAGGGUCAAGUGGCAGUACAUGGUUCUGGAUGAGGCCCAGGCGCUGAAAAGCAGCACCAGUGUUCGGUGGAAAAUCCUCCUGCAGUUCCAGUGUCGAAACCGUCUGCUGCUCACCGGGACGCCCAUCCAGAACACGAUGGCUGAGCUGUGGGCCCUGCUGCACUUCAUCAUGCCCACGUUGUUUGAUUCCCAUGAAGAGUUUAACGAGUGGUUCUCCAAGGACAUCGAGAGCCACGCCGAAAACAAGUCGGCCAUCGACGAGAACCAACUUUCCAGACUGCACAUGAUCCUCAAGCCUUUCAUGCUGCGCCGAAUCAAGAAGGAUGUGGAAAACGAGCUCUCGGACAAGAUCGAGAUCCUGACCUACUGCCAGCUGACGUCCCGGCAGCGGCUGCUCUACCAGGCUCUGAGGAACAAGAUCUCCAUCGAGGACCUGCUGCAGUCCUCCAUGGGCACGGCCCAGCAGUCCCACACCACCACCUCCUCCCUCAUGAACCUGGUCAUGCAGUUCAGGAAGGUGUGUAACCACCCCGACUUGUUUGAGCGCCAGGAGACACGCUCUCCUUUCCACAUGUCCCUCAAGCCCUACGUCAUGUCUAAGUUCCUCUACCGCCACGGCCUCGUCCACGCACAAAACCAGGCCAGAAACAAAUUACUUCAAGUGCUGCUGUCUCCGUUCUCUCCAAAUCACAUCCAGCAGUCUCUUUUCCACAGAAAAGGUGAUGACAAAGGAAGCUGUUUCUCCUUCCUGCGCUUCAUCGACGUCUCACCGGCUGAGAUGUCCAAUCUCAUGCUGCAAGGCACCUUAGCCAGAUGGUUAGCCCUUUUUCUGUCCCUGAAAGCUGCAUAUCGGCUCCACCACCAGCGCCUGUUUGGCCUCGAAGAAGAGGGUCAAGAGGAAGCCGGAGCCUCUCAGGGGGAGAGGGGAAGGUUGCAGCCCAGGAGUACGUGUCUGUCUCGCAAGGACCUCAUUCUGUGGCUGAACAGACCCACCAAUUUCCCCAACACGCACACCAGCCCUGUCGUACAGAACUUGGUGUUCACAGCCUUAAGACCCGGCAUGAUGGGACACACAGACGUGACGAUCCACAGUCGAAACUCUUCCACCUCCACGCUACGGCCCUGCCAGCUCACACUGCCACCCAAGUUCCUGCUAGCUGCCGCGCCCAGGGUGACAGCAGUUCCCAUGGAGCGUUAUUGCGACGACCGCAGUGCAGAGUACGAGUGGCGGGUGACACGCAGCGGAGGGGGCACGGUCUUCAAACAGUGCUUCCUCUACGGCUCCCCCGAACUCGCCUCAGACUGGCGCACGAGGGCCAAUGCCUUCCACCCACAAUGCCCCGGGGGUGUGAUGGCCCUCUACCCGCGACAUGGAUGGUCCUACAUCCGGAUACCUGAUAAGGAGAGCCUGAUCACGGAAAGUGGCAAGCUGCACACCUUGGACAUCCUGUUGAGUCGGCUAAAGGCCCACGGACACCGAGUCCUCAUCUACUCCCAAAUGACCCGCAUGAUAGACCUGCUGGAGGAGUACAUGGUUUAUCGUAAGCACACCUACAUGCGCCUCGAUGGAUCCUCCAAGAUUUCUGAGCGCAGAGACAUGGUGGCUGACUUCCAGAGCCGGACGGACAUCUUUGUCUUUCUGCUGAGUACGAGGGCCGGAGGGCUCGGCAUUAACCUGACUGCUGCUGACACUGUCAUCUUCUACGACAGCGACUGGAACCCCACGGUGGACCAGCAGGCCAUGGACAGAGCCCACAGGCUGGGUCAGACCAAGCAGGUCACCGUCUAUCGCCUCAUCUGUCAGGGGUCCAUCGAGGAGAGGAUCCUGCAGCGGGCCAAGGAGAAAAGCGAGAUCCAAAGGGUGGUGAUCUCUGGAGGCAACUUCAAACCAGACACACUCAAACCCAAAGAGGUGGUCAGCCUGCUGUUGGACGACGAUGAGCUGGAGAAGAAAUUGCGUCAGAGACAGGACGAGAAGAGGCAGCUGGAGGAGUGCAGCAAGGUGAAAGAGCGCAAGAGGAAGAGGGACAAGUAUGCCGAGAAGAAGAAGAACAACGAGGAGUCGGAGAACAAGAAGAAGAAGGAGGUGAACCUGGUCAUCUCUCACGCGCCCUCGGCAGACAACUCCAACCUCUCUGCAGACGGAGACGACUCCUUCAUCAGCGUCGAGAUGGACUCGGCCAUGCCCAGUCCCUUUAGUGAGAUCUCCCUGAGCAGCGAGCUCCAGCCCGGCUCGUUGCCCCCGGAUGCCGACGCCGACGAGAGCAGCAGCGACAUGCUGGUCAUCGUGGACGAUCCGGUGUCCUCCGCGCCGCAGUCCCGCGCCACCAACUCCCCCUCGUCUGUGUCCGGAUCGGUCUCUGACAACAUGAACGGUGUUUCAGCCUCGGAAACGAUCAGUCCUGGCAGAGGAUGCAGGUCUGGGCGGAGUCGGGGGCGGCCCAAAGGAUCAGGAAGCGGGACUAAGUGUGGAGGGAAAGGACGUGGACGCAAGUCAACGGCAGGCAGCGCAGCGGCCAUGGCAGGAGCGAUGGCUGGGGCGGCAGCUGCAUCUGCAGCAGCUUAUGCUGCGUACGGUUACAGUGUUUCUAAAGCAGGCCUCGCUGCAUCCAGCCUCGCUGCAUCCAGCCCCCUGCAGCCUUCCCUGGGCCGGUCCGGUACCAGCCCCGCCUUCAACCCCAGCAGGAGCUCCUCUCCCCAGGCCAGAGGAGGCGCCUCCACCCCGAGCCCCCAAAAACAGCUGGCCCAAAGCCACCACCACCACCACCACCACCACAGCAGCAGCAGCAGCCACGGCACUGCCAGGAAAGGCAAGGGCCCCGGCGGUCCUGGGGCGCGAUAAAUAAUGCACACACACACGCUGUACACACAUGAAUGUGCCCUCACACACACACGCACAAACUGUCUCAAUAUAGAACACACACACACAGAUAACUGACCUACUCUCACUGUGACGCCCUACGCCUAAACUAAUAGGGAAUACAGUAUAUAUAUACAAAGUAACAGAGGCUCACUACCUGGAGGACCAUGUUGUGGCAACUAAAAUGACCCUCUUGACACCUACACACACACACACACACACACACGGUCAUUUGAAGGUACAGUCCCUACCAGCCUCCAACAUUUCUUCAGUUUCAUUUUAACGUGUCCGGGUCAGUGGACAAAAAUCUGCCUUGAAUAUUUUUGUUUGCGUCGCAACAAGAGUAUUUCCAAGUGCUUUCUGAGAAGACAGACUGUACUUUUCUAUUCGUGACAGGAAACUCUUUUGAUCGGCUACCUAGCUGUGACGUGAACCAACACAUGUAGCUUAAAGGGCUUUGAGAUGUUCGCCCAGUUUAGGGGAGGCAAAGGAGUUUCCGUCAAAAUGCACUGAGCCACGUCUUCCAUGUUUUUUUUUUUGUUGGCGUUAUUGAUUCUCAUACAUGUACAUUAGGUUAUUUAAUUGUUCUGUAGAUACGCUCAGUGCAAACUGGUGGAUGGUUGUGCAUUUCACAGAGCUUAAUGUGAACCCUUACAAACCCACACCUUACCAAACCAUAAGCUUUUCUACUAAAGCUCCUAUUUUUGUAAUAAAACGACGUGAGUACCCACACCGACAUGGCAGGUCUUAACAUUUUGAAAAUCCGUAAAAGUGUAUUCCCGUACAGACGCAAAUGAAACCCGAUGAUAUAUUUUUUGUCUGAUGGGAAAAUGAAUGAAUGGAUGACGUGAAAAAUGAUAUUCCAAAAUGAGGGGGUACUGGUUGAUCCGGCAAUGCUGCUAACGGUAAAUUUAUGAAUCACUCAGAUUAUUUGGUUGUCUAUAUUUAAGUUAUUUGAGUUAUGUUUAAAAAAAAAAAAAUGGCAAUUUUCAUGCUAAUUGCGAAAUGGGGUUAUUCACCUGUAAAACAGUGUACAUUGUACUGAAGCCAUUUUUUUAUUUUUCCGAAAUUAGUUUUUUGUGAUGAGGAGUCUGUGGUUCUCUUUGAUGUCAUUGAUGUUUUAGGAAGAAAAAAAACAAGAAGAAGUUUGCAUCAGUGUCCUGAGUUGAGCACUACAUGUUAUCGGUUUGUUUGUUUUGUGUUAAUAGUGUGAUUAAAAUAUGAUGUUCUAUAUUGAUUGUACAUAAUGAUGAGAGCGACAUUUCCUCUGGCUUUUCCCUCAUUUGCCUGUCUAUUUUUAUAGGUCAUGUGUACAUAUGAAGAAAAUGCAUCUGCCGUUUUACUAACAGGAGGAGCCAACUGAGAAUAAAAGAGUGCUAAAUCAGCA